GUUCUGCGACCUCAUACGUUUGCCUCGAGUGCCACACGACGCAUGUCGCGUCACCUCUCAAAAUGUUAUCGAAAAUUUUGUUAUUUUUCGUCAUAGUCAACUUUGUAUCGGAUUAUUCAUAUGGUCAAAGAGACAAAAAGUUCUUUCGCAAAGAUUACAAGUAUUUAGAAGCAGUUGAAGGCUUCUAUAAGAUCCACACGUUACAUAAAACUUGGUCCGAAGCGAAGCGAGUGUGUGCGUUAGAAGGAGCUAGUUUAUUAUAUCCAGAAAACGAUGAUGAGGCCCACGCUGUGCUUUCGUUCUGGAACGCUACCCAACCGUACCGUUGGGUGUACGUGGGGAUAUCGGAUUUAAUCGUAAAAGGAGUUUUUGAGACUAUUGACGGUCUUCCAGUAUCAGAUGUGUACAACAAUUGGGGUCCAGGGGAACCGAAUGAUGCUGGUGGGAUCGAAGACUGCGUGAAACUGAGACAAGAUGGCACCCUCAAUGAUGACCAAUGCAAUAAGAAGUUCCCUUUUAUAUGCAAAAAGAGCUUACAAUCUUUGGAAUGGAACAUGAAAUGCAAUUUUCCUAACUUAGGACUCGCGUCAGGACUCGCGUCAGGACUCGCGUCAGGACUCGCGUCAGGACACGUGACCUGA